CAGAACCAUGAGCUCCCUGUAUGGAAUCCUCUGCCUCCUCUCGGCUCUUGCAGCAACAAGUUGCUCUAACUGUUAUGCGGGUAUUUCUAUAAUGACACGAUGCCCAACCAACAACAACGCUUGCCCAUCAGGAGAGGAGUGCCCAGGUGGUACUGGUGGAAAGAAUGCUGUAUUUUUGGGCAAGCCACGUGCAUGGACAUCUGAAUGCAACCCCUUGGACAGCACGAGCGCGCAGCAAGAAAAAAUGAGGAUAAUCAAAUCACAAUGUUUCCCGAUUCAAUGCAAUAAUUAUAGUCCUGCAUGUGAUAAGAUGGCUAAAAUUUUGGCCUGGACAUAUAAAUGUGCAUCUAAAUGUAACUUCUUGGGCAGCAUGCGUCUACAGCAACUACAAAUCAGCAUGAGCACGUUAUGUUAUGGCCAUCCCAACUGCCCUUCGAUCGCCAAUUCGCUAACUGACAACUCUCCCCUCAAUGGCCUGGUCUGCCCAUCCUGCUUAUCUGCUAACUCUACCUGGUGUCACACUGAUGAAACCAUACAGUGCAGAGGGGAUGAGACUAUGUGUCUUCUUCUGCAGACACUAGAAUCAGGAUCAAUGUCAACUUCAACAACCUUUCGAGGGUGCGCAACAAUGUCUAUCUGUGAUCUUGGCAGUCAGUCCCAAAAUAAGACCGGAUCAUUCACUGAGGUUAAGAUUAACUGCACGAGAGCCAGCACCAGCGGUAGCAACAGAGGCAGCAUGAGUGACCAUAAAGUCGUCUUGACUUCAGCCAUUGUGUGUCUCCUGCUGAAAUUACUCUUCUAGGAUUUUUGGAGGAAUGUGGCCGAAAUAAAUGACAAAGAUGUA